GCGCUCACUUGGAGCAACGGACACGGAGCGUGACGGCAACGGCCCGGGGCCCGCGCGAGGACAGGUUCUAUAUGCAAAAGUGGUGCUGAAAUUGUGACGUAAUUGAAAUAGUAUAAACUGCAAAUUUGGAGCAGUCCUGCAUCAUCUGCUACCCAACAGUAGAAAUAUAGUUGGGGAGCCAACUGGCCAGGUUUUGGAAAUGUCCUUUGGACCAGGAGGAGCAGAUGUUGUUCACAAGAUACUCAAGAGUUCACGGGCUUCCUUGCUAUGCACCAAAAAUAAAUUCCAUCUCUCUGCAAUGAACUAUGAUCAACUACAACAUAUAUUUAAAGUAGCAUGAUUUUUCCAAGUGAAUGUUUGUGUAUAUGUGAUGAUGAUUUAUCAAAUGUGAUGAUUUUCAUUUUGUAUUCCUUUGCUUUAAAUUGUUCUGGAUGUGUGCAAUUAUUGCUUUAUUUGUUUUACAUAAUUGAGGGAGCAGCUAAAUUGUGCAAAAUUGUAAAGCCCUUUAUUAAGAAGUCAAAUGUCAGUGAAUAAUACUUGAGUAAAAAUAAUGGUUUCCCCAAUUCCUUGGUCCCUGGAGGCUUGCUUUUGGAAAGGAUCUUAUACCUUUGUGACAUUCUAGAACUAUCACAAAUACUGUAGCUGAAGUUUUUCUCAUAACAAGUGUAGCUGAAAAGAAAGGUGUUUUCAAAAUACCUGUAUUUUACUUUUACAUAUUAAGAUUUAUUCCAAUUAAAAUUGAUGUAGAAAUGCAUAAGCACUUGCAGAAAUGUGGUAGACUGUGUUUCAUUGUGGCUCAUUGCUGAAGAGUUCAGAAGCACUGGAGGCCCAAAGCAACAGGCAUUGCUACAUGGGCCUUAAUCAUUUUCUUUUGUCAGGUCCUUCAUUGGGUCCAUCAGGAUUUCAAGGUAGCGAGCUGGGUUAUUGGAUUAAGGGCUAUGGGUUAACAGGUUGGAGCCUAGGUGUGAGUGUAUUGAAGUUUGAAAGUCAAGGUUGAUGGGUCAAUCCACUGAUUGCAGGCCUCCAAAUUGAAUUUGCUGUCUCACCCUGGAUCCCAUGUAUUCCAAAAUUCUGCACCAGCCUACCAAGGAGGACCUAGUCUAUGCCCAUGCUAAAGCCCAUGUAAGUAGAGUAAUGCAGCACAGGAACAGGCUCUUCGGCCCACCAUGCCAAAUUAAACUACAUAUCUACUUUUACAUGAUCUAUCUCCCUCAAUCACCUGUUUACAGUUGAUGUAAGAUGUCUCAAUUUAAUGUACAGCAGAAUGAGGAAUACUGAGUCCUGUUAUUUUUAUAUAAAGUCAGCUGCAUAAGCUGCGCCGCCUCAGUUUUAUUGUCUAAUUACAAUUGUAAAGUUAAAUUGUCUUAUGUUGCAGGGGGCAUCCAAAACCAUCAGUUUUCUAAACUGAACAAAACAAUUCCAGAUUGACGAUAGUCUAGCAAAUCUUCCUUGGAUGCAGCAUGGAGACUGUCGUUUUGGACUGUUGUUGAGGGCAUGCAAUUCAUUUUAUUAUUAAUCAUUUGUGAAAUUUCACCAGUGAGCAACAUCACAUAGGAAACAUCAACCUACAGCAUCAGUGCACUGAAGAUCACCACAUCUUGUGUAAUUUUCUGUGAAAAUGUCUCAGAAAAGCACAUUAAAGCAAGAGGAAGCAGGAUUUGAGGAAAAUAUUGAAAUGUCCCCAUCUGAUUGUGUAACAUGCAUCGUUAGUACGGAACAGUUGGAAGCGGCGAAAGAAGAUCAGGCAAAUGACACAAAGGUUGAUCACCAGAAACGACUGGUGCUCCAGGGGCAACAACGAAAAAGACCUAAGACAGGUGCUAAAGGUAAACUGGUGAGAAGUCUUGCUGUUUGUGAAGAGUCAAAUCUGCCUCUGCCAUCACCAGAAACCACUCCAGAGAAUCAGGAUUCCAUUCAGCACCAGCUCAUCAGCACAUCAAGUAUUCAAGAUGAUGAGAAAAACAAUAAAGAAGAAUUGGAAAAAGAUAAAAACAAAGAGAAAGAAAAACUUAGUGAAAAAUCUAAAAUGAAAAUGCUGUCAAAAGAUGCCAUUAUUGCCACUUUCUGGUUGAACUGUGCCACUCGGAAAAUUCAACUAUGCAUUACCAGUCAUGAAUCACUCUUGAAUCAGAAGAAGAGGAACCGGCGCAGGGGCAGGAGACCGAACCGGAACGGGGACCCCGGAGGAGAGGAGAAGAAGGAGGAGGGGAACCGGGUGCAGCAGCGGGCAGACGGGCAGGCGAGGGAGGAUGAGCCGAGGAGACUUUGGCUGGAUUCCAUUCAGCACCAGCUCAUCAGCACAUCAAGUAUUCAAGAUGAUGAGAAAAACAAUAAAGAAGAAUUGGAAAAAGAUAAAAACAAAGAGAAAGAAAAACUUAGUGAAAAAUCUAAAAUGAAAAUGCUGUCAAAAGAAUACAGUCAAGAGUACACAGACUCCACAGGGAUCGACUUACAUGAGUUUCUCAUUAAUACAUUAAAGAACAAUCCAAGGGACAGAAUGAUGCUUUUAAAAAUGGAACAGGAACUAAUAGAUUUUAUCAAUGAUAACAAUAAUCACUACAAGAAGUUCCCUCCAAUGUCAUCAUAUCAUCGGAUGUUGGUACAUCGAGUGGCCGCCUACUUUGGAAUGGAUCACAAUGUAGAUCAAAGUGGAAAAUCAGUUAUAAUCAACAAAACAAGCAAUACCAGAAUACCAGAACAAAGGUUUUGUGAACACAUAAAAGACGAGAAGAAUGAUGACUCCCAAAAAAGAUUUAUUUUAAAACGAGACAAUUCCAGUAUGGAUAAAGAUGAUAAUCAGCAAAAUAGAAUUCAUCCAUUUAGCGAUGGUAGAAGAAGUAAAUCAAUUGAGGAGAGAGAAGAGGAAUAUCAACGAGUAAGAGAGAGAAUUUUUGCACCAGAUUCCAUGUGCUCCCUGGAUGGUCUAUAUGUGGAAAAUGGGCGAACUCUAGAGGAUAUCAAUUCAUUCAGUGACUCACAGAAAAAGAGGCAGCUAUUUAGAGAUGCAACAGGAAAAAUGUCAAGUAGUCGCCAGAGCAGCACAGAGACUGACGUGAAGUGGACUGACCAACGCCCCUGGAGUAGCACUGACUCCGAUAGCUCAAAUCGAAACUUGAAGCUUCCCGUGACAAAGACAGCAAGUAUCGGUGGCAUAACGGUGUUAACUCGUGGCGACAGCACAAACAGUAACAGGAGUACGGGCAAACUUUCUAAAACAGGUUCAGAGUCUUCCAGUAGUGCUGGCUCAUCAGGUUCAUUGUCAAGGAGCCAUCAGCCAAUGCAAAGUGCAAAUGUUAUCCCUGUUUCAGUCAACUCUACAGGGUCCGUCUCCUACCCAGAUGGUGGAAUGGGUGGACAAGUGGCAUCCACUAACACAAGUUAUAUCUUGCUCCCUUUGGAGGCAACAGGUAUACCACCUGGCAGUCUGCUGUUAAACCCACACACAGGUCAACCCUUUGUGAAUCCCGAUGGUACACCAGCAAUUUAUAAUCCUCCGGCCGGCUCGCAUUCGGUUAGAAGUCCACGUCCUGGACAGAGCCAGCAGCAGCCUCCUCCACAGUCGCAGCAGCAGCAGCAGAUACCCAGCCACCUCAUUCCACAGCCAGUUCAAGCAAUGCAGCCUACGUCCCAGCCUGCCCAGUAUCCAACAGCUUCUUAUCCUUCCCAGCACCUGCUGCCUGUUUCGCCAACACAACAGUUUCCGGUGCGAGAAGACCUGGCCUCGCAGUUUAACCAGAUGAGUUUAAGCAGACAAUCAUCAGGAGAGGCCACUGAGCCACCGUCUGGCUCUGUCUAUCAAUCAGCCAUCUUGCCUCAUGCACCCCAACAAUCGAACUAUGUUUUGGGCAUCAAAAGUCAGCUUCCUCCAGGUAGUUUUACUGGAUCUGGACAGCCCAUGUCUCAACAAGUGCUACAGCCACCGCAAGGAUUUGUACCACAGCCCAGGACUCAGAUGCCAGUGUAUUACUACCCAUCUGGCCAGUACACUACCUCAGCAGCCCAACAGUUCAGGCCUGUUGCUACUGUUCAAUACAAUGCACAGCGAAGUCAGCAGGCACCACAAACCACACAACAGACAGGUUUUCAGCCGGUCUUGCCUAAUCAGCAGCAGGGGUUCCAAGGCGUGAUGGGAGUGCAGCAACUACCCCAGAGUCAGAAUCUGUUGAACAACCAGCAGGGAAACCAGGUGCCGGGUGUGAUGGUCCAAUAUCCAGCCAUGUCUUCUUACCAAGUGCCAAUGACUCAGAGUUCUCAAGGGAUGUCUCAACAAUCAUACCCUCAGGCUCUUGUAUUAUCCGAUCAGUCCGGUCAAGGGACACUUCCAGCCACAGGAAUGUCUGUCUAUUGUAAUGUAAUACCUCCUUCUCCUCAAAACAAUGUCCGGCUGGUAGCACCCCACUGCACUGCCAAUAAUGUACCAGUGCUGCCUGGCAAUUGCAGAACAAACUGUACAAGCAUUAGCAACACUGGGUGGCAGGUUAAAUACUGAAAUGGCGGCAUUGUGUGCUUAAGAUAUCAAAAUGUUUUUUUGGACAGAGUAACGUGACAAGAAAUAUUGAAACAUCAGUUGAAGAACUCCUGUUAAAAUUCUCAGUUAAUCACUGCUGGUACUGUUUAGAAAGUAAAAAUAUAUUCACUAAUGUUGGUUACUGGUGCAUUUUAGUCACAUCCCUGCUAGGUAUGCUGAUGUAGCAUAGCUACUAUAAGUGGCAUGGAUACUCUGGGGUAAGACUUUUCCUACCAGUGGCCGCUACUGUGUAGAUUGUAAUAUCCUCAUACUGAUUAGUUUUGUACUUUGUGUUGAGUUUGUGAAGCUGAAAAGUAUUAAAAUUAUUAUAACAAAAAAUAUAUGUUGUACCAAAGCUGAAACAGAAGGAAUUGCUAUAUGGAAAGGAUAAUUUAUAAAUACUAAUAGCUUUUUUUUAAUGGAUAUACACCGCAUCGUAGUGUUUAAUCACAAUAAAAAAAACUAUUGACCUCAUGGGUAAAGGUCACAUUUCUACCACGUGAUUUGUCUGCUCUCCUGAAUGUUUAAUUUGUUGAGUGCCAGUUUUGGUCUUUUUGACAGGAGCUUAAAUUGUGUUCAGAAACAGCUGCUAAUUCGUUUUUUGCACUGAGAUUGCAGCUAUUACUGAAGUAAGACUGUAAAUGUUUUUUGUAUAUCUAUUAAUAUACAUCAAAACACUUUUCCCAAUUUUAAAAGAACCUAAAACGUUAUUUGUAAGUUUGAGCAAAUAGCUUGAUUUUGUCCAUCUUUGGCACGUCAGUAGAUCCAUCUACAUUUAUUGAUCACCGUACUAUCUAAAUAUGAAUGCUAUUAAUGAUCUUAUUAAGUAGAUAAGUAUUUUUAUAAACUGGUUCAUAUUUUGAAACCAAUAUUAAUCUUCAUGACGUUAAUGCUACUUGUGUGAUGUGAAGUAGUUUUAUUUUCACUCAGGGUAGAGAUUUUUGUGUUAGAAGCUUCCUACUCUAUCAGUAAAAAAAUAUUGUUGUGAUCCAUCCAAGGUAAUAUCUGCUAAUGAGAAAACUCCUAAACUUUAUUGGGUAAUACUUCUAGAUCACCCAACUGAAUUAUCCAUUAUAAAUUUGAAUUAAGUUAUCAUGCACUCUUUGGAUUUCCACCAUCUGUAGAAUUUUGCAUGGAUCUGAAGAGUUGGUGAGAAACGAAUGUUGAAUUAUGUUUCAAGAGGUUAUUCCAUUUUAUUCACAUGUCUGUACGGAGUUUGCAUGUUCUCCCCAUGACCUGCCUGGGUUUUCUCCGAGAUCUUCGGUUUC